UUGACGAGCAGUUGAAUAUAUUUAAAAGUAUGCGUCUAGGGUAAUAUAUGAAAUAAUAAAGGAAAUUAUUGGAGAUGUUCUAGCUAUCAAGGUUAUCUGUUCGAAACAGAAAUAACGACAAUUUGCAAGAUGUUAACAGUACAACAAGGUGGUUAUGUAAACAAUGUCGUCGAUGGAGGCCUAACUGACUUAUCCGAUACUGUAGUAUACGACGAAUGUCUUGAAAAUGUCGACAAAUCCGAUUAUGAUCAAUUAUCUCCAGAAAAAGACGGUUUCAAUCACGAUUAUAUAAUUCUUACAUCAACACUCAAGGCGGAGUCCAAUCAGUCAGACAAUGAAGUUCAUCAAAAGAACAAAUCUCUACUGAGGCCAAUAUUUCUUAUAAUGUGUUGCAUCUUGAUUUCAGCAGGAGCUACAGCUGCUGCCACCUUCUUUGCAACAAAACAUUUUUAUUCAGAAAACAAGGGCAAGUAUACAGACUCAACACAAUGCAAUGUGACUAGUGACAACGGCUAUAAUGAAACAAUCGACAGUCCUGGGUCAUGUGUAAUAGAACCAUGUGAAAACGGAGGAACAUGCGUAAAUACUAUAUGUUUAUGUCAAGAUGGGUUUGCUGGAUCAAAGUGUGAAAUAGAUGUCAACCAAACAUGCAAAGCUGAUGCCGACACAUUUAUACCACAUCCAAAUACAUGCCAGCUAUUCUAUAACUGCAGUCAAGCGUUGACCCCCCUUCCAAAAGAAGACAGAAUAUAUACAUAUAAACCACAAAUUUUGAGACCUGCCUACCUGCACGAAUGUCCUUAUCCUGAACUUUUCUCAGUGAAAACUCUGUCCUGUCAAAAUUAUACAGAAGUGGAAUGCGGAUCGAGAUAUGAAACAAAAAAUAAAUGUGAUUACCUUGCGAUAAGCUAUACUUGUGAUUCUGCAUGCAAAUUAUGCAUCUAUUUUACUCCUGACUGUGUUGGAUUUGCAGACGGGAUAUACGACAAUAUAUAUAUUUCAAUUGGAGGGACAUAUUUUGAAUGUAAAGAUGAAAGAAACAUUUAUGUUGGUGAAAAUCCUUGCCCAACUAGCAUGGCACCUUACAAUGGCGAAUGCAAAGAUCUUUUUGAAAUACCAAUAAACCAUUAUGGGAUUGGAUAUGGUGUUGAUUGCAACGGUAGGGAAAAUGGUAACUAUAAAUGUGAAAGGAUUCGAAGAUGCGAUAUCUACUACACUUGUGUUAAUGGAAUUCCAACGCUAUCACACUGUGAUUCGGGAAAAACUUUCGAUUCAAAAUCCUCAUUUUGUCAGAUUCCAACAAAUGCAUGUAGUCCAUGUGGUUCCGUCGUAAAUGGUUGUUAAAGUCAUAUAUGAAACGAGUGACUGAUGAAAAAUAAUGUUAAUUCAAUUCUUGAACCAUGAAUAUCUCAUAAACUUAGUCUUCUGUGCACGAUUUUAUCAUUGGUUACGUAUGCAUAUCGUAUUAUCGUCAAUAAAAUAUAUUA